GCCAAAGUCUGCUCUACAACUUCCAUUUUUCUUAGCUCAGUUCAUCAAUGGCGGAAAUUGAUUGUCAUUCCUACUACAGCUGCAUAAAUUGUCGAAACCCUGUUGCCCUGCGUUUUGACCUUCUUUCAAAAGACUUUCUGGCAAAAUCAGGACCAGCCUAUUUGUUCUCUUAUGCAAGGAACAUCAUAGUGGGAAUAAGUGAGGAGAGGAAUCUGCUUUCUGGUGUUCAUACCAUCGCUGAUAUAUCUUGCAGCAACUGUGGAGAGGUACUGGGUUGGAAAUACAUACGAGCUUAUGAUAUCAGACAGAAGUACAAAGAAGGGAAAUUCAUCCUCGAGAGAGCCAUGAUUGCCAAAGAGUACUAGCUUUACUGACUAAUCUACCCCCACCAUAUAUAUUAACAAUAAAACACUGUAAUACUGGGGUGAUUUGGUCUUUUUCAUACUUAUUGUGCUGGAGAACUAAUUACAUAUUAUGUUACUCUUAAUUUGUCCAAAAAAGUUGAAAGAGAUUGAUGAAAGCUUUAUUAUGGCAUACAUGUAGUAAAUUAUGUAUUA